AUAACGCUCAGCUCGUUCAGCCUUGACCACCUUUCUCUCCCUUCAUUUACGCCCAGCUCUUUCACGACAUGGAGAAUCCCAGCGGUCAAAACCCCGGUGCUGGCGCCCCGGCCCCAGGCACUGGCGCGAACGAUGUCUCUACCGCCAUUCUGCGACCCAAGAAGUCGCCCAACCGUCUCAUUGUGGAUGAGGCAACCUCCGAUGACAACUCUGUCGCGACGCUCAACCCGGCAACAAUGGAGACCCUGCAGCUAUUCCGCGGCGACACCAUCAUUGUCCGGGGCAAGAAGCGGCAUGACACCGUCCUUAUCUGCUUGAGCUCCGACGAUGUCGAGGAGGGCAAGAUCCAGAUGAACAAGGUCGCGCGUAACAACUUGCGCGUUAAGCUUGGUGACAUGGUCAACGUCCACCCGUGCUUGGAUAUCAAGUACGGCAAGCGUGUCCACAUCCUGCCGUUCGAUGACUCCGUCGAGGGUCUCAGCGGCAACAUCUUCGACGUCUACCUUAAGCCUUACUUCCUCGAGGCCUACCGCCCGGUCCGGAAAGGCGACACCUUCCUCGUUCGUGGCGGUAUGCGGACAGUGGAGUUCAAGGUGAUCGAGACGGAUCCCGCGGAGUACUGUAUCGUCGCGCAAGAUACGGUCAUUCACACAGAGGGCGACCCCGUCAAGCGCGAGGAUGAGGAGGCGAACCUGAACGAUGUUGGCUACGACGACAUCGGUGGCUGCCGCAAGCAAAUGGCACAGAUCCGUGAGCUCGUCGAGCUGCCCCUGCGCCACCCACAACUGUUCAAGUCGAUCGGUAUCAAGCCUCCGCGUGGUAUCCUCAUGUUCGGUCCCCCGGGUACGGGUAAGACGCUCAUGGCGCGUGCGGUCGCCAACGAGACUGGAGCGUUCUUCUUCCUCAUCAACGGCCCCGAAAUUAUGAGUAAGAUGGCGGGUGAGUCGGAGAGCAACCUCCGAAAGGCAUUCGAGGAGGCGGAGAAGAACUCGCCAGCUAUCAUCUUCAUUGAUGAGAUCGACUCCAUUGCGCCGAAGCGUGAAAAGACCAACGGCGAGGUCGAGCGCCGAGUGGUGUCGCAACUGCUCACGCUUAUGGACGGUCUGAAAGCGCGUUCCAACGUUGUCGUGAUGGCUGCCACCAAUCGACCAAACUCGAUCGACCCUGCACUUCGUCGCUUUGGUCGCUUCGACCGUGAAGUCGACAUCGGUAUCCCCGACCCAACUGGUCGCCUCGAGAUUCUCCGCAUCCACACGAAGAACAUGAAGCUCGGGGACGACGUCGAUCUCGAGCAGAUUGCCGCGGACACGCACGGUUACGUCGGUUCUGAUCUCGCCUCGCUUUGCUCGGAGGCCGCCAUGCAGCAGAUCCGUGAGAAAAUGGAUCUCAUUGACCUCGACGAGGACACCAUCGACGCCGAGGUGCUUGACUCUCUUGGUGUCACGAUGGAGAACUUCCGCUUCGCUCUCGGCACGAGCAACCCGAGUGCGCUCCGCGAGACCGUCGUGGAGGUGCCGACCGUCAAGUGGGACGAUGUUGGUGGUCUCGACAAGGUCAAGCAAGAGUUGCAGGAGACGGUUCAGUACCCGGUCGAGCACCCCGAAAAGUUCAUCAAGUAUGGCAUGUCGCCAUCAAAGGGUGUGCUGUUCUACGGCCCUCCGGGUACCGGUAAGACGCUGCUUGCGAAAGCCAUUGCCAACGAGACGCAGGCGAACUUCAUCUCGAUCAAGGGUCCCGAGCUCUUGACGAUGUGGUUUGGUGAGUCAGAAGCGAACGUCCGUGACGUCUUCGACAAGGCUCGUGCGGCCGCGCCCUGUGUCAUGUUCUUCGAUGAGCUCGACUCCAUCGCGAAGGCGCGUGGUGGCUCGUCAGGAGAUGCGGGAGGCGCCGGUGACCGUGUCUUGAACCAAAUCCUCACGGAGAUGGACGGUAUGAACGUGAAGAAGAACGUGUUCAUCAUCGGCGCGACCAACAGACCCGACCAGAUCGACCCCGCCUUGCUCCGUCCUGGUCGUCUCGACCAGCUCAUUUACAUCCCCUUGCCCGACGAGCCCUCACGUCUGUCCAUCCUCAAGGCUGCUCUCCGGAAGUCGCCCGUCUCUCCGGAGGUCGACCUCAACUUCCUCUCGAAGAACACUCACGGCUUCUCCGGUGCCGAUCUUACUGAGAUCUGCCAGCGCGCAGCUAAGCUCGCCAUCCGUGAGUCGAUCGAAGCGGACAUCCGGCGACAGCGGGAGAGGAAGGCGAAGGAGGAGGCCGCCGGCGAGGACGCAAAGAUGGAGGAGGACGAAGAGGAGGAGGACCCCGUCCCGAUGAUCACGCGGGAGCACUUCGAGGAGGCGAUGAAGUAUGCGCGUCGGUCAGUGUCGGACGGGGACAUCCGGCGGUACGAGAUGUUCGCCCAGAACCUGCAGCAGUCGCGCUCGUUCGGCUCCAACUUCAAGUUCCCGGAGUCCGGGAGUGCGCCGGGCGGUGCGCCUGCGCCUGCGGGCAACGCUGGGUUUGCAGAGGACACCCAGGACGACGACCUCUACGCAUGAUGGAUGGCACGAUUAUGACGGACUGGCUGUGGUUGUGGUUUUGUUCUCGCUCUGCCUAAUACGUUCUGUGAUUUUGACUGUGCAUUACGACGUGUCAAUGCCUAGACCCAUUCCAAGCAUCAGUGUAAAGUAGUGUAUCGGGUCAGCAACUUGGAAACAUAGCCGCGACAUAAUCCUGA